GUCCCUUCCGCUUCCGGUGACGCGAGCCCGGGGCCGGAAGCUGCGCUAGUGCUGAGUUGGUGUCGCUGCUGCCGGGGGCGCUGGAGCCGCAAUGGCGCCAAAGGGGAAGGUGGGAACAAAAGGGAAAAAGCAGAUUUUUGAAGAGAACAAGGAGACGCUGAAAUUCUACCUGCGGAUCAUCCUUGGUGCUAACGCCAUUUAUGCAGUUGUGAACCUGGUGAUCUUCUACGCAACAGCCUCCUCCUGGACCUGGGUUGCGUUUGUGUUUAGCAUGGUGAUCUACGGUGCCAGUUACCGCUCCAUGAGCUCCAUGGCAAAGGCCUCUUUCACUGACGAUGGCAACCUUGCCGACGGGGGAAUUGACCUGAAUAUGGAGCAGGGGAUGGCAGAGCACCUCAAGGAUGUGAUCUUACUGACUGCCAUUGUUCAGGUGCUCAGCUGCUUCUCCCUCUAUGUCUGGUACUUCUGGCUCUUGGCACCAGGACGGGCUCUCUAUCUCCUGUGGGUGAACAUCCUGGGGCCCUGGCUCACGGCCGACUCUUCAGCUGCCACCCAGGAGCCAAAUGAGAAGAAGCAACGCCGCCAGGAGCGCCGCCAGAUGAAGCGCUUCUAGCUACACAUGUGGGGGUGGAUUAGAUCUAAUUCACCAUCCCCACCUUGUUACUUCAUCAGGGAUGCGAUUUAAACCAAUCAGAAACCAUCACAGUGUCUGUCACCCUCUCUUCAAUCCAUUCCACUAUAAAGGCUGCCAGAGACUUCCCUUGACUGCUUCUGAUAGUCACAUCAGGGGCUGCUCCACCACUUGGGGCCUUACUUGACAAGGGGGAGGGAGGUUGCAAUGGGAUAUGUGUAAAUAGCUUUUUCAAGCAAUGGUGUAAGGAGUUUGGGGAUUGGAAUUGCCUUGUUGGAGGAAAUAUAUUAAAGAGGAGAAUCUAAGCGCUGG